CGAGGUUCGAGGUGGUGGUGGUCGUGGUCAGAUGGACCGAGGAUCAAAGCCAAGGUGGGCGGGGCAAUUCAGUCUAGAUUUCCAUCUGCAAGACGGAAAGGCGGCGAGGAAUCGAUUCUCCACACGCGACCCUCUUUCCGUCCUUACCAACCAAGCACACCUCAGCAGCUACAGACGUUGUCCUGGAAAGCUCUCACUGGUACAAGGUACGAGGACCUCGAAGACUCUGUAUCAGUCAGCAGCCAUGCCGACGGCAAGAGCCAAGAGCGCCGCUAAGAGGGGAACAGCUGCCAAGGUCGCCCCCGCAGAGCCGGCCAGCUCCUCGCCUGCCAAUGCCGGCACUCGCACCUCAUCGCGUACUAGACGAGCGCCACUGGCCUUUGAGGAACUCAAUACGAGGACAGCUUCGAGCAGCUCAUCUACAGCCAAGAGCUCAAUCGGCAAGCCAGCUACAUCUACAAGUACCACGCCCACCUCUAGAGCUGCUGCCAAGAAGGUCGCGACUGUACCACCACCACCUAUCGCCGAAGACCAAGAGAACGAUCCCUUGCCUGCCUCACGUCGACGCGCCUUGCCUCAACGCCAGCAGCGCCAGCAGCGCCAGCCGAGCGUCGACUCCCUUGCCGAGUUCGAGGCUUCCUACAUCGAUGACUCUCGCGUCUCGACGGCAGCUAUACCCGCCGAUAGCUCCUUGAUCCAGACCAAAGACGCGCCUGCCCACUCGACGCCUAUUGCUUCCCCUGCCCUUGCUCCUGCUCAUGCUCAUUCUCUUGCGGCCAAGGGCAAGGAAGGACCGCAAGCGACGAAGAAAAGCCGUUUCCAGUCUUUGCUCGAUGAGGAGAUGCUCAGCGAUGCCGAGGGUCAGCUCGGGCCUGCAAAACCCUCCGGAAGCGAAGAUAGCGAAGAGGCCAAGACUCGACGGCAGCUUACCGAGAACAAGCUCGAGCGGGUGAGGUCGUUUGUCGGUAAUAGCGGACAGCAUCGAGGAUCUGCUUCUAGCUUGGCACCUCCACCCAUUGAGGAGUAUCAGGAGCCUUCCGAGGGGAGGAGAAGCAAGACGACGGGCACUUCGGAAGGAGAUCAAGAGGAUGAAUUCGGCUUCUACACUGUACUCAAGAAGAGCGCGGCGAACAAGGCCAAGCAACGCAGAGAGGUGUUGCCGGGUCCAUCUCAGGAGCGAGUACACUUCGAUGACGAGAGGAAGCCCGCUUCGGCUCACGAGGAGCAGCAGGACGAAAUCAGCUCCCUCGCCUCCUUCCACCCCGCUCAGCCAGCCUCGCAGGUCUCUUCUCUCAUAGACCAAGAUUCGCUGCAAGCGUUGCUUCGCUCGUCCCCAUCUGAUCUGGCUCGACCCUCUGCCGACAAGGACGAGAUUGUAUUCUCGGACGACGAUGCCUCGAUGGAUACCGACGACUACCUCUAUGCUCCGAAAGUUCCGCGAGGCGAUAAGAAGAAGCCGACCAAGAAGCCUCGUCGCCCAAACCCCAGAAAGGGACCGAAGGUGCCUGAUGCUCAGGAGGGAAGUGCAGCCGGAGUCAAGGGCAAGGGGCAGGGAAAGAGUGGAGGAGUCUCGGUUGCGGCGGUGGCGACCAGCACAGGCAAGACAUCCUCAAAGAAGAAGCAAGCAGAGCAGGUUCCUCCCUCUGAGGAAGAAGAAGAAGAGGAACACGGAGGGAGUGCGCUCUCUCCCUCGUCCACUCCCGAAGUCACGACCACUGGCAAGCGCAGUCGCAAAAGUGCGCAGAACUCCAAGAGCGUGCCUGUUCCCAUCACCGCCGCUCCUGCUAUUACUGCUGGUACUGCUGGCGCUGGUAGCACGUCCGCUGCUAGACCUUUCGCGACCAGCAAGGCGGGCAAUGUCGCCCUCGCCAAGACGGCGAAGGGCAAAGAUCAGGCCCAGUCUAAGCCUAAGGCAAAGGCAGUGGCCAGCAAAGUGGCAAGCUCUUCCACCUCUGCCUCUGCCUCUGCGCGCUCGAAGAUCGGAGGAGGGCAGAAGAUGAAGGCUCGUGGCGCCAAGAGGCCUCAAAAUGAAGACGAGGAGAACCAAGACAACGACGACGGCGAUGAUCAGGACGCGCCUCUGGAGAUCAAGGGGAGGGAGAAGCGCUUGAAGAUGUAUGAUGAGCUCGACGACUAUGCCCUUGGAGAAGAGUGGGUCAUCUGAGAGUUGCACGCUUCACGCUCCCCGGACUCGACACAGACACGGACAUGCGUCCCUAUAUACCCAAAUUACGCGACUCGUACCUCGUAGCUUUCGUGACUCGAUUUGAUCUCUCGUGGUCUCAAUUUUGAGAAAGAUUUGCUCUAUUGUACAAUUACUCCUCCGUCUCAUACCAGCUCGCUCCGAUUCUCUCCGGCUCGAUUCCACUCGCCUCGUCUUAUCAUUCAAUUGGACUUCAUCUGUCUUUUCCGCCCUUACCCGUCCUCUGUCCCUCGUCUCUCGUCUUGUCGUCCGAGUCUGACCCAUCUGACAAAGUCUCCACUUUCGCUCCUCAGUCGCUCACUCACUCGCUCACUCACUCACUCAUCUAAAUCACUCCCCAUGAGCUCCUCCAACUCACGCUCCUCCU